GCCUUACACGAUGGAUAUCAUAAAGAAUCCCAUCCUGUAAUAAUUUCUUUCAUUACGGAACUUUACAUAGAUUUGAGACCCUUAUCAUCUGCUCCUUACGAAACCUUUGCACAAUUGCCGAAUAUGGAUCAUGUUCAGUUGCAGAAAUUUGAAACGUCUUUAAGUCAAGCAACCGAAAGUAAAGUUCGUAAAAAAAUUGUUAAAGAGUUCCUUGAAGGAAUAACAGGACUUUCCACAGAGGAAUGGUUCAAAUUACCUGAUACAGCACCUGUGAGCUCAACGCGUAGGACAGUUUCUGGUGUUUACUCAAAGCCUGUAAUUGGCGUUUUAGACGUAGUUGAGGACCCUUACGAUGUUGGAAUUGUUGAUUUGUUUGAUUAA